UUAUUUUAUUUUUUUGUGAAACAGAAGGUGGAAUUGACGAAAAACCCAAACCCCUAAAACAGUAAAACCCUGCUUCCGUUUUCUCAAGUCUCAACUAGUUUCACCCUCCACCACUCAUGGCUGAGCUCUGUACCGUUACACUCGGCGGCAAGGGCUCCUCCUUCUCCUCCUCCACCAUCUCCGCCGUCGCCGCCAGCCUCGCCCAUGUCCGCAUCGACACAUCCGCCCUGGACAGGCUCUCCGCCUCAUCGUCCUCCGCAACGCCGUCGUUGAAGCACACCAUCGCAAUCCCUAGCUUCCUCUCCCUCUCGGAAACCAGAGCCUUCCUCCUCGUACUUCUCAACAAGCUCCUCCUCACUUCGUCCUCUUCCAUUCGCGCCGACCUUCUUUUUCUCAUUUCCGAAUCCCUCAAUUCCAACCUCAACACCUUCCGAUUCGAAAACCUACAAGUCACUGAAGACGAGUUGCUCGUUCUCAACAACGCUUCUUCGGCAUUGCUUGGAGUUUCCGCUAUUUUGGACCACCAAUCCGCCGCAUUGACGUCCUUCUCCGAUGUCGCCGCUGCGCUGUCCUGUGAGGCCUCGAAAGCCGACGUGACCGCCUUCAAUUUGAUGGAUUCCGGCGACGGUCAUACCUCCAAGGAGGAAGUCGGAGUCGCCAGUGAUAUGAGGGUUCUGCUUAACGGAUCCAAGCUGGUGGGAAAGGAGAAGAUUGGAUCGGUUGCCAAGGUUCCAAAGAUUCAUGGAACUUUGAGGGAGCAGGUUAAAUCAGUGCAUUUGAAGAUGCGAGUUGAGUUGAAUUCGGGUUUUAAAUUGGCUGAAAUUCAGGCUGGUAGUGAUGGAACUGAGCAAUCAGUCUCCACUGUGCUGUUGUCAUUGGCAGCGGCAUUGAGGGAACUUGGUGAGUGUAGUUUUCUGCGUGCUAAGAAUAAUUUAGAGUCAAUAAGCAGUGAUGAUUUGAAAUCGAGUAUAGAGGAGAUGUUUGGAAAGGAAUGCCCCACUGAUGGUAGCUUAGGCAGUGGUUUUAAUGCGGCUUUGGGCUUGGUUUUCGAAAAGGACUAUGUUAGAUUUGCACACGAAGUCAACGUGCUUUUGGGGUCUGUUUGGAAGAUUGUGGCAUGGGAAGUUGUGACUGCCUUUGCUGUACUUGAAGGUACGGAGCUGAAUGGAAAGUUUCAAGGGGUUCAGGGCAAUGCAGAGAAUUCAAAAGCAGACAAGAAGAAGAAGAAGGUUGUUUUGGGCAAAGGAACUAGUUUGAUUUUGCCAUUGAUUAAGGACGCGUUGCAGAGUAAAAGAGAAGCUGCUGUUCAAAAAUCAGGGUUAGAGACGAUGGUGGGAAACUUUCUAUUGUUUUUGGAUUCAGCUGAACCUGAGUUUAAUGGAUUUUUAUUGAAGGUAAAGGAUAUUGUGGAAAGCAAUGAAAGCAGAAGAUUGCCAAAGAUUCCGAAGGGAACUCGUGAUUUCGCCAAAGAGCAAAUGACAAUUAGAAAGAAGGCAUUUUCAAUAAUAGAACAAGUUUUUGAGAGACAUGGUGCCACAGCUUUGGAUACCCCUGUUUUUGAGUUGCGAGAAACUCUAAUGGGGAAGUAUGGAGAAGAUUCAAAGUUGAUUUAUGAUCUUGCUGAUCAGGGUGGGGAACUUUGUUCGUUGAGGUAUGACUUGACAGUUCCAUUUGCUAGGUUUAUGGCCAUGAAUGGUCUGACAUCUUUAAAAAGAUAUCAAAUAGCUAAGGUCUACAGAAGAGACAAUCCAUCAAAGGGAAGAUACCGUGAAUUUUACCAAUGUGACUUUGAUAUUGCUGGACCCUCUGAAAAAAUGGCUCCAGACUUUGAGGUUGUUAGAGUUUUGACUGAAUUGCUUGAUGAGCUUGACGUUGGGGAAUAUGAGAUAAAGUUGAAUCAUAGAAAGUUACUGGAUGGCAUGAUGCAAAUUUGUGGAGUCCCGCCUGAGAAGUUUAGGACUAUAUGCUCAAGCAUUGACAAGUUAGACAAACAGUCUUUUGAACAGAUAAGAAAAGAAAUGGUGAGACAUAAAAUGUUGCUUGUUGAGACUGCAGAUAGAAUUGAAACUUAUGUAAAAGAAAGAGGAUCACCUUUAGCGUUAUUAUCUAAACUUAAACAAGAGGGCAGUGCUUUCUUAGAAGAUGCUGGAUCUGCUGAUGCAUUGAAUGACCUGGAAGUUUUAUUUAAAGCUCUGGAUAAAUCAAAAUGCAUUGAUAAAGUGGUUUUUGACUUGAGUCUUGCUAGGGGCUUGGAUUAUUAUACUGGAGUUAUAUACGAAGCUGUUUUUAAAGGGGGUGCUCAGGUUGGUUCAAUUGCUGCUGGUGGUCGAUAUGAUAACUUGAUAGGAAUGUUUGGCUCAAAGCAAGUUCCAGCAGUUGGCGUAAGUCUUGGAAUUGAGAGAGUAUUUGCGAUAAUGGAGCAACAGCAGAAGGAUCAGAACCAGGUGCCUCGGCCAAACAAGACAGAAGUGUUAGUGAGCAUAUUAGGGAAUGACCUGACGCUAGCUGCAGAGCUGGCAGGUGAAUUGUGGGAUGCUGGUGUGAAAGCAGAGUUCUUGGUGAAUAAAAGAAGACAGAAACACUUUGACUUUGCCAAAGAAUCAAGGAUUCCAUGGAUGGUGAUUGUUGGUGAGCAAGAAAUAAAGGAAGGUGUUGUGCAAUUGAAAAACUUGGAGGCUAGUAAUGAUGUAACCAUUCCUAGAGAUCAAUUUGCGGAGCAAGUUCGAAGUCGGUUAAACCCAUGAAAGGCAUGGCCCCUACGGUAUUAUUUUCCGGGUCAGCAUUCAUCCUCAUAACUGGGAUUAUAUUAUAGCUUUUACCGACUCUAUAAUAUUUUGUUUCAAGUUCAUUUACAAUAGCAAUUAUGCUUCUUUUUUUUGGUUGGUCUGUAAUUCCUUAUUUGAUUAUAGAUAUAUUGAGAAUUGAGAUUGUUAUGUAUUCGUUUAAUCCAAA